UGCGGGGGCGGGGCCGUGGCGCUGGAGCGGCUCGUUGUGCGCUGCGGACCGAUCGCCUCCCGCUGCCCGGGCCCGGCCGCCGCCGCCGCAGAUAUAUUGUAAAAUGUCCAAUGGUUAUGAAGAUCACAUGGCUGAAGACUGCAGGGAUGAUAUUGGUAGGACAAAUUUAAUUGUGAACUACCUCCCUCAGAAUAUGACGCAGGAUGAAUUACGGAGUCUGUUCAGCAGCAUCGGCGAAGUGGAAUCUGCAAAACUUAUUCGAGACAAAGUUGCAGGACACAGCUUAGGCUAUGGCUUCGUGAACUACGUAACUGCAAAAGAUGCUGAAAGAGCAAUAAACACACUGAAUGGCCUCAGACUUCAGUCAAAAACUAUCAAGGUUUCCUAUGCCCGCCCAAGUUCUGAAGUUAUCAAGGAUGCUAAUUUAUAUAUCAGUGGCCUCCCCCGGUCAAUGACACAGAAGGAUGUAGAAGAUAUGUUUUCCCGUUUUGGGCGCAUCAUCAACUCACGUGUGCUUGUGGAUCAAACCACAGGUUUGUCCAGAGGGGUCGCAUUUAUCCGGUUUGACAAAAGGUCAGAAGCAGAAGAGGCAAUUACAAAUUUCAAUGGUCACAAACCCCCAGGUUCCUCCGAGCCCAUUACAGUGAAGUUUGCAGCCAACCCUAACCAGAACAAAAAUGUGGCACUGUUGUCGCAGCUGUGUCAUUCACCAGCUAGACGGUUUGGAGGGCCAGUGCAUCACCAGGCGCAGAGAUUCAGGUCAGCAGAGAAUCAGGAUCUGCCACCGCCCUGCUCUUGGCAGAGAGCAGCUCGUGUACCGCUUUUAAGGGGUUUGCAAAUCACCAGUGGUACACCUCAAUUUGGGAACCCCUGGUUCUCUCCUAUGGGUGUAGAUCACAUGAGUGGGCUUUCUGGUGUAAAUGUUCCAGGAAACGCAUCUUCUGGCUGGUGUAUCUUCAUCUACAACCUUGGUCAAGAUGCUGAUGAGGGAAUCCUCUGGCAGAUGUUUGGCCCCUUUGGUGCGGUUACCAAUGUGAAAGUUAUUCGAGAUUUCAACACCAACAAGUGCAAAGGUUUUGGUUUUGUGACCAUGACAAACUAUGAAGAAGCUGCAAUGGCCAUAGCAAGUCUUAAUGGCUACCGCCUGGGGGACAAAAUCUUACAGGUUUCCUUCAAAACCAACAAGUCCCACAAAUAACUUGCUCGUGCUUUUUGUAUGGAAUAGAUAAUGGAGUGACAGAAGUUGAAACAUUUUUGUUAGUGUAAAACUCAUUUUGCGCCAAUUUUCACAAGUGUUUGUCUUAGUCUAAAUGAGAAGUGAAAAGGUUUUAUAUUCUGGGAUGCAACUGACAUGUUCAAAUGUUUGAAAUCCCACAAUGUUAGACCAAUUUUAAGUUCCUUUAAGUUAUUUCAUUUAAAACAUGUUAAAAAUCCCCUGAAAUCUUAAGUAGAUUGCAUUAACUAGAUCCUCUGGAUGGUGGUAAAAUUGAAGCAUGCUUUCACUUAUGAGACUAACAUUUGUUUCAUUGAAUGUUGUCUGCAAAAACUGGAAUUUUUUGAAAAAUAUCAGGCUGAAUUCAUUGAUUUUCUUUGGUUUUAUGUUGUUCUUCCUACCCAUCCCCCUGUCCUUUUGUUCCCCCCCAGUUUCAGUAGUAUGGAAGAAAAGUUGAGAAAUACUAAUGUUUUAGUUGACAGUGACUUGUUUGAUCAAUUAAUAUUCAUUACUCUCUGUCUAGUUGAGGAUCAAGCUUUUUAAAGUCAAGGUCUUGUAAGUAGUAGCAUGCCAGCCUAACUUUAACACCAUUGAGGAGGUAAGUUGCACACUGAGCAGUGGCCAAGCUGUCCAAUUCACAGGUUUUAGAAAUGUGACCUUUAAAGCCCACUUUGAGAGGAAUGGACCAAAGAGUUUCAAAGAAACUCCGGGAAGAUUUCAGAGUCAAAAUGAAACUCAAAAAAAGCGAGUGUGAAUAUAUGUUGCUACUUUAUCAGACUGAAUCUCUUCUGUCCAAAUAUUUAAUGCAUGGUGCACUACUUACUGGUACAUUAUAAUGCAGCAAGAUACUUACUCAUUUUCCAAGAUCAUUGUAGUUGGAAUUCCUUUGGCAGUUCUAUUUUGUAAAGAAAAAACAGUUAUAAACAUUUGAGCAUUGUAUUUCUCGCAUCCCUUCUAAUGAGUGCUAGUUUUUCUAUUUUAAUAGGAUUUUGUUUUGACAACUAGCUUUACUUAUUGAACACUCAGCAGAAAAGUACUUACAACUUGCAAGUUAGAUAUUAACCAAAAAACCCCUUUGAUUUGUAGAUUUAAAGAUUAAUCCCCCAGGUUUUCUGCAGACUGCCUUGAAACUUUGAGUUGUUCUGUUUCUGUUAAUUUUCUUUUGCUUUUUUGUGUUUUUUGUUUGUUUUUACUUUUGCAUUUAAGAACAUUAAAUUUGAUUUUGUUUUGCUCAAA